GUCCAAGAUAGCUGAGGGGUUUCAAAUUUCUCAGUAGUGAGGAGCAUAAGUACGGGGAUGAUGGAGAAAUGAGGCAGGAGAGGUAAAGGAUGAGAUCAGAUUAUGGGACUUAUGCCUGGGAGACUCCUUCCUUCAACAACUCUAGUGCUGGUGGAGGACCUGAGAGAACUUACCUACGGAACUUCCAUGCCUUAUUUUGUUAAAAAGAGACUGGACAGGUAGGGGAGGGAAGAGAAGUGACUCAAGUUUGACAAAUCCAAACCUGGGCUCCCCUUUCCUACGCCUGGCCCGCUAUUCCUUCUACUCGGCCAGCGUGACUCCAAGACGCGCCACUGCCUCUCUACUAGCUGGCCGCCCGGCCUCUCCUCCAGUUACCCUGCCACUGCGGCGCUCCUCUCAUCAGCGUUCUAGGCCCAGAAGCCCCGCCCAUGCCAGGCAUAGGCCCCGCCCCUGUGUCCCAAGACCCUGCCUCCUCUUGUGGGGGGGAAUCGGCCUCUUACUCUAGGCCUUUCGGUUUGCGCGAGCGGGCAAGAGAGCGUGCGUGCGGCGAGGAGGGUGGGCGGUCUCGCUGCCGCUGACGAUGGAAGAACUGGAGCAAGGCCUGUUGAUGCAGCCGUGGGCGUGGCUACAGCUUGCUGAGAACUCCCUCUUGGCCAAGGUUUUUAUCAGCAAGCAGGGCUAUGCCUUGUUAGUUUCAGAUCUUCAACAGGUGUGGCAUGAACAGGUGGACACUAGUGUGGUCAGCCAGCGAGCCAAGGAGCUGAACAAGCGGCUCACUGCUCCUCCUGCGGCUUUCCUCUGUCAUUUGGAUAAUCUGCUUCGCCCAUUGUUGAAGGACGCUGCUCACCCUAGCGAAGCUACCUUCUCCUGUGAUCAUGUGGCAGAUGCACUGAUUUUACGGGUGCGGAGUGAGCUCUCUGGCCUCCCCUUCUAUUGGAAUUUCCACUGCAUCCUAGCUAGUCCUUCCCUGGUCUCCCAACAUUUGAUUCGUCCUCUGAUGGGCAUGAGUCUGGCGUUACAGUGCCAAGUGAGGGAGCUAGCAACAUUGCUUCAUAUGAAAGACCUAGAGAUCCAAGACUACCAGGAGAGUGGGGCUACGCUGAUUCGAGAUCGAUUGAAGACAGAACCAUUUGAAGAAAAUUCCUUCUUGGAACAAUUUAUGAUAGAGAAACUGCCAGAGGCAUGCAGCAUUGGUGAUGGAAAGCCCUUUGUCAUGAAUCUGCAGAAUCUGUAUAUGGCAGUCACCAAACAAGAGGUCCAAGUGGGACAGAAGCAUCAAGGCACUGGAGAUCCUCAGACCUCAAACAGUGCUUCCCCGCAAGGAAUUCAUAGCCAAUGUGUAAACCAGCCAGAACAACUGGUCUCCUCAGCUCCAGCCCUCUCAGUGCCUGAGAAAGAGUCCACAGGUACUUCAGGCCCUCUGCAGAGACCUCAGCUGUCAAAGGUCAAGAGGAAGAAGCCAAGGGGGCUCUUCAGUUAACCUGUUGUGGCCUCAGCUGCUGAGGAUGGACUUGGAGAAUAGCUUCCAAGCUUCACCUUGAAAGAAGCUUGCAUGGCAGCAAUAUUUCUAAAACAGUGACCCAGUCAGAGGCCUACUGUAAGGGCAAGAAAACUGAAGUUCAUGUUGACAGGCCCACAGAGAAUUGGCCUUCCUAUUCAAGUGGAAGCCAGUCUCUGAGAAUCCCAUGCUCUCCUCUCUUUUGGUGGAGGUUCUGUAGAUUCAGGUUUCUACCAUGGACUUUAGGUAUAUAGGGCAAGUCAGCAAGAAAGCACCACACACUCAGGGAGCCUUGUCUACCUUUCCCUAGAGUCUCUAGCCAGCCAGCCCCCGACACUCCUCAGAGACCCACUUCUGUCUUUUGCAUGGAAUAAGAAGCACUCACACUCCCCUGCUUUUGGGAUCACUUAUGCUGUGGAACUCAUAACCCAAUUCACUUCACUGGGUACCACCCCAUUGUUGUCUCUGGAUGAAGUCUAGCCAUCAGUCCAGUCCUUCAGAUUCUUCUUAAACUUCUCUGCAGCGGCCAGAGCUGAACCUGGCCACUUCGAUCUUGAGAACUCUUUUCAUGGUGGGCACAAGAUAGAUAGAUGAUUGCUGCUUUCCUGUGUCAAACUUGAAUGCAUUUUUCUCUUUGUUUCCAAAGUAUAGGCAACAGGUUAAACUACCAUGCGGGGCAGUUUAUCGAUCCUCCCACCUCAUCCUCCUGAGUAACUGGGACUAAAGGCACACACCACCACGCCUAGCUAAUUUUUGUAUUUUUUGUGUGUGUGGAGACAAGGCUUUGCCAGGUUGCCCAGGCAGGUCUUAAACUCCUGGGCUCUAGUGAGAUCACUGCCCACCUCAGCCUCCCAAAGUGCUGGGUUUACAGGCAUGAACCACCAUGCCUGUCCCAUUUCUGGUUUAUUUACUUGUGAUGGUUAAAUGCCUCCUUAUUCAUAUAUCUUGUAUAUAUACUGGUGUUUCUGUCCUGAUGUCAAGUCUCAAGAGAAGAUGAUCAAACAAUAAUAAAAUAAUUAUAAUAAGAAAAACAAUAA